AUGUUGCUCGACUUUCUGCAUCUGGGAAACCUGGACAAGGUCAACGGCGGAUGGUCGUCCAUCAUAGGCAUAACCACCGCAAUCAUUGGCAAUAUCCUCAUCUCGUUCGCCCUCAACACGCAGCGAUAUGCCCAUAUCCGCCUCAAUCGCCAAUACCACCAAGAUGAGCAAGAGAGGAAAAGGGACAGACGUAGCCGGAAUCGUGACUCUCAGCAGGAGCGUAUAGCUGAGGAAAGGGAAGCUCAGAAUCUCAAUGCACCUUCUGAAUCGGAUCCGCUGCUUCCUUCGUCUGCCUCGACCUCUUCCGAGUCCACCAUUCGCCCGAACAAAAGNUCAGAAGCCACAGGACCAAAGUCGUACCUCAAGUCACCUAUCUGGUGGCUUGGAAUCGCUCUCAUGACAGUCGGCGAGGCUGGAAACUUCCUCGCCUACGGCUUCGCACCUGCUUCGGUCGUGUCUCCUCUCGGUGUCGUGGCUUUGGUAUCGAACUGCUUGAUCGCGCCUCUACUGCUACACGAGCAAUUCAGGAUAAGAGAUGGAUUUGGUGUCAUAGUGGCUGUGGGUGGUUGUGUUACAGUCGUCCUUAGCGCCAGCGACAACAACCCAAAGCUGGGCCCCGACAAGAUCUGGGAACUGAUCUCGACUUGGGAGUUCAAGACGUACUUUGGCAUAACCGUCUUUUUGAUGCUGGCUCUGAUGUCGGUGAGCUCGAGGUAUGGUCACAAGUCUGUUCUUAUUGACCUCGGUCUUGUUGGCUUGUUUGGUGGUUACACAGCCCUCUCGACCAAAGGUGUUGCAUCGUUGCUCUCCAACACCAUCUGGCAUGUCGUUACCUUUCCCAUCACAUACCUCCUGGUUGCAGUUCUGGUGUCGACCGCCGUCCUGCAAAUCAAGUACCUCAACCGUGCUCUGCAGCACUUUGACUCGACCCAGGUCAUUCCAGUACAAUUUGUGCUUUUCACACUGUCCGUCAUUAUCGGCAGUGCCAUUUUGUACCGCGACUUCGAACGAACGACGACCGACGACGCUAUCAAAUUCUUUGCAGGAUGUGCCUUGACCUUUUCAGGAGUCUGGCUGAUCACUUCAGGACGUGGAAAGAGCAGGGAGCAAGACGAGGAGGAGGGCUCGGAAGAUGGAGAAGCAAUUGAUCUGAUCGACGAAGAACACCAACAACCAGAGAUUCGUGAACGUCUGGACAGCGACGCACGUCGUGCCUCUCUGCGACCAAAGUCAUCUCGGUCAGAAGCCCCUUCCUUCGUCAUCACCUCUGACGAUACUCCGACCCAACACUUCAGCUUCGAGCCUUCUUCUCCACUGAAUGACAACCCUUGGACAUUGCCCGCGCCCGCCAAUAUCUCCUCCAUUCACCCACGCUCGGACGCCAGCAUAGCUGCCGAGCAACGACUNCAAAACCCACCACCCAUGCACGCCACAACCUCUGCACCUGUGCUGCCCACCAUGUCCUCUCAAAAGCUGAGUCCGCGACGGCCAACAACGCCCAACCGAGGCAUUAGUAGUCCCUCGAUUCAAGACAGCCCAAACACCUUGUCGUCAUCACAGCAACGCUACCGUCAAAUUGACCCUAGCGAAGCCACGCCAGGCCGUCUAAACACGUUGACCCAGAUCCUGCCUGGUCCUCUGACAAACCCGCUUUCGUCCUCGCUAUCCGCCAUCGUAGCGGAUAGUCUGCGCAGAGGCAUUGUAGAUACACCGCCAUCCCUCGGCGGUCGCCGCAGGACCUCUGGCAGGGGCUCUCGCACAGAAGCCAUAGAAGCAUUGAGUGAAGGCACUAGUGCUCCAUUACAGAGGGUGCGGAGUAGACCGGGCUCUUCGAACAAGAGAGACAGGAGUCUGAGUGCUACAUUGGGUGACAUGUUUCACGGGGGCAGGAGGUCGAGGAGCGGCACGUUAGAAGAGGUGCCUGAUGAGGAAGAGGCCGUAGGACGAUGA